UUCUUCUUCUUUGACAGCUUUUUUGAGAAAUCAAAAUGACUCUAGAAGUUGCAGAUGAGUGCACCGAAAACAGUAGGCCAUGAGCGAAAAAGAUAUCUAUGUCAUUUGACUUGGGUGCUCAAAAGAAUCAUUUACUGAGCACUCGGAGGUUGAAAAACUCAUUGACGAACUGAGGACGUCAGCCCAACAUCAGACAAACCAAACGGAUAUUCGUUUAGUGGAGAGAAACUGGCAAAGGUUUUCGUUCAUUCUAGAUCAAUACCAAGAGCAACCACAUUUGAUCGAUUCACACCUCGAUGGACUACUCACUAAAAUCAUCAACAUCAUUCGAGAGGAAGUGCUGGAUUAUGAGGUGAAACAUGUGGCCUUCCAAUGCCUCUACUUUAUAUUGAAAGUCAGGGGCUACAAAGUUGUAGCAAGACAUCUUCCUCAUGAGACUGCCGAUCUGGAGCUUUUGCUACAUUACUUGGAAAACCAAGAAAGACCCUGAUGUGCAACUAAAAUGGGAGACUCAUUACGGCUUGCUUCUCUGGCUCAGCAUUGUAGUUAAAAUCCCAUUCCACCUUCAGCGAUUUGACACCAGUACUUCAGAGCCAAUCAUGGAAAGAAUUCUGAAUGUCUGUAAGAAAUACCUGGCUGGGACAACUAAAGCUCAGGACAUGGCCUUUUAUGUAUCGGCAAUCUAUCUUACAAGGCCUGAUGUCAAAGAUUCCUAUCUAUCGGGAUUCAUCAAUUGGGCUCAUGAGGCUCUUACCAAAGAUAGUGCUCAGUUCAAAAAAGGAGUUCUUUCAACGUUGGCCGGCGUAUUCAAACAUGGGCAAAGAGAACAAAUGAUGGAGCAUGCACAUGCUGUGCUGCGUACCAUCCUGACGAUUAAAUUCCAACCGUCAGAAUUGCUUAUUCAGUUAAGAAACCGUUGGUGAAGCUGACGCAGCGAAUAGGUUUGAUAUUCUUGAAACCUCGAGUUGCCUCUUGGAGAUACCAGCGGGGCAGCAGAUCAUUAGCUGCCAAUCUGCAACAGAGCCAACCCGUGGAGACUAAAGCAGCUAUUUCGGUGAAUGAUGAAGAUGACCACGAUUACGACGUGCCGGAAGAAAUCAAAGAAGUACUUAACGAGAUCCUGCAAGCCCUCCGAGACCAGAACCGUGAAGUCCAGUACUCUGCAGCAAAAGGCAUUGGGCGGCUGACCAGUCGCUUAUCAAAGAACUUUGCCGACCAGGUAAUUGAAUCGAUCAUGGAACUGUUUUCACUCUGGGAGUCGGAUAUGGCCUGGCACGGAGGAUGUUUGGCUUUGGCCGAAUUAGCCCGUCAUGGAUUGCUGUUGCCCCAGCGAUUGUCUUCUGUCUUGCCUUUUAUGGAGCAGGCCAUGCUGUACGAUGAGUUACGCGGUAACUUUUCCGUUGGCUCGGCUGUACGUGAUGCCGCUUGUUAUCUCUGCUGGGCUCUUGCCCGAUCCUACGACCCGUCUCUGCUCCAGCCAUUCGUCCAUCAUUUGGCUAAAGCCCUAGUCAUCACCACCGUGUUCGAUCGUGAGGUCAAAUGCUGACGGGCUGCCGCUUCUGCCUUCCAGGAACACGUCGGUCGACAGGGCACUUUUCCUCACGGCAUCGACAUUCUGACCACCUGCGAUUAGUUCGCUUACGUAAAAAUGCCUAUCUCCAACUCAGUCUUUUCGUGGCGCAAUACGAAGAGUACCGGCCGCAACUCAUCCAGCAUUUAGUGGGUCGUAAAGCCAUCCAUUGGGACACGGUUAUUCGACAGCUAACAUCUCAGGCCUUGCAUCAAAUGACGUUCCUCGAUCCGGAGAGUAUGAAACUGAUUCUUUCUACUCAGAUCCUUCCUCGCUGCACAAAUCCUGAACUCUAUUUACGACACGGUUCAAGCAUUUUGGCCAGUGGCAAAGUCAUCAGCGCUCUUUGUCAAGUGGCAAAAGACCAUCAACGUCGUCUGCCAGAUGAACUUGGUGAUGCCGCGAUGGAAUCCAUUACCCAAACUUGUAUCGACAUUCUGGAGGACCGUUUCUGGCGGAGUUUCGGCGGCAAUCAAAUGCGCCGUUUGCUAUUUCAUCCAAGAUCUUAGUUCGGGGGGUUUCCCGUUGCUGGACGCUGUAGUCGACCGUUGGUUGAAGGCGUUACGAGAGUGUCUCGCUUCAGCCGAUUCAAAUGUCCAGCAAUCGGCCAUCAGCGCCGUCACCGCAUUGAUUGGCGAAUACUUCCGGCAUCAGCCAGUGGAGAAACUCACUGCCUUGUUGAACCAUUUCCUACCCGGGGUGACGAGCAACAACCAACAGGCGAGAGUAGGAAACGCACUAACCCUGGGCUCAAUGCCUCGCUUCCUCCUCACCGUUUCUUUGCCGAAAGUCAUCCAACAGUUGUGCACCUGCGCUCUCAUCACCGACAAGACUCUCCAAUGGGCCGAAUCUCGAAAAAAUGCUCUGACAGCUCUUUCGCUCGUCUGCACAACCGUUGGGAUCGCCCCAUCCAGCCCAGGUGGGGUUGAUCAAGUGACACUGGCCGGAAUAUUCCGCACAUUUAUCGAUGGCUUUGAAGAUUACACGGUGGAUAGCCGUGGAGAUAUUGGAGCUAUCGUCCGUGAAUCGGCAAUGUAUUCUAUUCAGGUAUUGACCAACACCUCGCAACCAGACCUACUUGAAGCUGACCUGAUCCGCUCCGUAUUGCAUGCGGUGGCUAAACAAUCGACGGAACAAAUCCGUCGUAACCGGUUGUUGGCCCCCAACGUUUUUCUUCUCUCGUCUACUGUGAUCCCACCAUUCCUCACAUUGAGCAGUAGGAAGAAUUGCGUUCCAUCAUUCCACCGCCUCCGCUGGACAUUUCGACCGAGAAGGAAUGUUUCGAUUUGUGGAUGAAGGUGAUGCGACUCGACACUUGCCGCAAAGCCGUCAUCACCGGACUUGUUUCCAGCAUCGGCAGUCUCACGGAGAGUUUGGUUAAAAGUUCCAGCGCUUCAUCAAAGCUCACCAUUGCACGCUUCUAAAUAUUGUAAAUGUGAAUUUGAUUGAAUGCGCCGUUUU